GACCCGAUUUUCGAGCAAAUGAUUGCCGGUGGCACGAGAGUGCAUGGGAUCCAACUGGGGCAACAGGUCAACGGGUUGCUCAAGGACCUGGCGACCAAGUCCGGGGGCAGGUUUUCUGCUGUCGAGGACCCGGAUGAUGAUGCCGGAGCGUUUAUGGAACUGCUGAGCUUUUAUGAGUCCGUGUUUCAAAUCAACAAUCCUUCAAAGUUGAUGCACAAGGUGUUUCGUCCCACGAAACCCUAUGACGUGAUGUCUGGCUCCUUCUACGUGGACUCAUCCAUAAACCAGGGCUUGCUUUUUGUUGCCCAUUACCCGUCAAACGAGGCCCCGAGUUCCGUCCGGGUUCGUUCGCCUACCGGACAAGUGUAUGAUCGGGUUUUGUUGCCCAAGGUGCCCUACGUAGCAGACGUCAUCCGCGUGGAGACUCACAUCGAGACUGGUCAAUGGUCGUACGAGGUCGAGUCCAUUUCAAGCAGAGCCCUCGGACUCGAAAUCGUUGGCUAUGGCCCAAAGACUGAACAAUCAGGUCUCAAAGUCGAGUUUUGGUCAUCCUGGGACGACGGAGACGACAAGAACCCACAGGACUUUGGGGAAGAAACACCUGGUGCGUUGCUUUUCGGAAUUGUGCUGGAUAUGUGUCCAGCAAUCACGUCCGGAUUUAUUUCCGGGGUCAAGCCCUUUUUGUGA